CUGACUUGCACACAGACGGGGCAGGGGUGAGGCAGUACUGUGCUCUAGUUACGUGGAAACGCACAUACAUAGUUUCAACUAGUGGGAAAUCUACUACAAUGCAACUCUUAUUCCAACUUUUUGCUCAUACAAUGUGAGGAAGAUGGCCGAGACAAGCUGUGACUGGGUGGAGAUCUUGGAGCCACGCUCGCAGGAGCGCAUGUACGUGAACCUGGCCUCGGGGGAGUGUGGUUGGGAGCCCCCCCCAGGCGCCGCCGUGCGCCAGUCCGAUGGCAGCCAGUGGUGGGAGCUGUUUGACAGCCACAACAAACGCUUCUACUACUACAACAGUGCCAGUCAGCAGACGGUGUGGCACCGGCCUCAGGCCUGCGACAUCGUGCCCCUGGCCCAGCUACAGGCCAUGAAGAGGAGCUCUGAGACGGGUCUGAGGGGCCCCAUCAAGCCCCAGAGAGGGGGAGGAGGAGGGGAGGGCCGCCGCGCAGCCCUACCUAACCAGGCCUACCCUAUGCCCCCCGCCCAGGACCCUGACAGCAGCGGGAGGUCCACCCCCUCUAAGGGGCUAUGUGACAGCCUGGAGAACAGUAACGACACCCCCAGGGACCCAGGUCAAAGAUGGCAGCCUGCUCCGGGAUCGAAGGCAGCCAUGUUGGUGAAGGUGAACAGCAUUGGCAGGAACCAGUCCGUGGUGCCCACUAGCACCCAGCACCUCAACACUCUCAGCCCUGGGAGCCCUGCUGUGUACCAGGUCCACUCAGACAGACCCAGCCCCAGACCCAUAUCCAGCCCUGCAGGCAAGAUGGCUGCCCCUGUGGACCACAAGCAAGCCUUCCACCUGAAGAAGGGAGACAACGGUAACUUCGGCCUGGUGAUGCCCUCCACUGGCACCCAGGUCUACCAGACUCCACAGAGGUGUCAGGCUGGCACCCCCCAGCCCUCCUCGCCCCAUUACGGUGCCACUCCGCCCAUCUAUGAUGAACCACCCAUGGAAACACCUAUCUAUGAUGAGCCCCCGAUGGAGGUGGAGGGGGCCGCCCUCCUGAAUAGGUCCUCCACCCCAACCACCAGCCUGCAGAGGGUUCGCCAACCCCAGACCCAGACCCACCACCAGACGCAGCAGCAACCCAAGCUGCUUCAAUACCCAGCCUCUCACCUGGCCUCCAAACACAAGAGGAAUCCCUCCGCCACAGAGUACAGCCCCGCUGGACGGGAGUGCAUCAAACACAUGGUCAACGUGGACCCUGCCACCUGCAAGCAGAGCCCCUUAUCCCAUCCUAUCCAGAUAGAGCAGGCCCCUGCUCUAGACCCUGACCUGCCCCCCUCUCCAUCCCCAUGCCCAGUCGUGAACCAGCCCAGGCCCAAGGAGGUGAGCCUGGAGAAGAAGCAGUCGUGGCGUCUCCUGGAGACCAGCGUGAGGAAGAACAUGGACGUCCGGCACAGCCGGCAGAACAGUGUGGCGUCCCAGGAGUACCCAGCGCCGGCCGCCGUCACCCACCAGGACUCCGGCUACUCCACCGGGCCCUCGCCCAGCUUGAGGAGGAAGAACCGUCGGAGAGCCCUGGGAGGGGGUGCUGGGGGAACAGGGCAGGGCCGGCCAGGCUCAGUGGGCAGCAGUGGGGAGCUCAGUGCCCUGAAUGAGAAGCUGAUGGCAGAGAUGCGGGUGGUGGUGAGUCGAUCUAACACCCUGCGUGGCAGCAAGGCCAGCCUGGACACUGAGAUGUCUGACAGCUCUGUACCUCGGACCCGUUCCCCCCUGGGUUCCCCGAAGAAGUACAGGGGCCGCAGCGCCUCCCGAGAGGACAUCAGCGCCAGUAACCACUCUCUGUACCGGACCGGGAGCGGGAGUACCCAUGGCGACGUGCCCCUCUCGCCCCUGGCGUCGGAGGGCAUGGUGCGUCAGAAACGGACCUAUGAGAAGGUGGACACUCUGGAGAAGAGCAUCAUCAGCCAGAACAGCCUGUCCUCCUCGGAGCCCCACAUGUCCCUCUCACAGGCAGGAACACUGGACUCCAAGGCCCAGUCGGAGAUCUCGUCACAAGGCGGAGGUAAUGGACACAGGGGCACCCCUCAUGGCGUCAAAGUGACUGGAGACAGGAGGGGAGGUGGGGGAGGAGGCGGCAGUGUGGGAUACCAGUACCCUUACACCACCCUCUGUAAACCUCCUCCAGACACCAACAUGGUGGACUGGGCCAGUAAGAACCUGAACCUUCACACGCAGGGCCUGUUCCGCCGCCGCGUCUCCAUCGCCAACAUGCUCUCCUGGAACAGAGGCUCCAUCAAGAAGCCCAUGCUGAUCACCAGCGACCGCACCGUCAAGAAGGAGGCCUGUGAGAUGUUCAAGCUGAUUCAGGGCUACAUGGGGGACCGUCCGGCCCGGCUGGAGCGCCGUCACACCGCCCUGCUGGUGGUCACUAAGUGCUGGGGAAUGCAGGCCCUGAGGGAUGAGCUGUACGUCCAGCUGGUCAGACAGACCACUGACAACCUGAGCCUGAGGAGCCUGGAGGCUGGCUGGGAAUUCAUGGCCAUCAGCUUGUCCUUCUUCUCCCCCUCGCCCAAGUUCAGAAGCUACCUUGAGGGGUACAUCCAGACACACCUGGAGCCCUCCAACGACAAGAAGAUCAUGCAGCACAUUAUGGAACAACAGGACAUGAAGACCAAGAAGAAUUCAAAGUCCCGGAAGAAGAGGAAGCAGAACAACGAGGAAGAAGAAGAGGGCCUGCCAAUCAGCACUUAUGCCAAGUACUGCUACCGCAAGCUGCAGAAGGUCGCCGUCACUGGGGGCAAAAAGGGUCUGAGGAAGCCCACCCUGGAGGAGUUAGACCAGGGGAGGAAUGCCAUCGUGACCCCUUCCUUGUUCGGCAGUGCCCUGGAGGAGAUCAUGGAGCGCCAGAGCGAGCUGUUCCCGGAGCGUAGGCUCCCCUGGGUGCAGGUGCAGCUUUCUCAGUGCGUGCUAGCCCUGGGAGGGGCCCAGACAGAGGGAAUCUUCAGGGUGCCUGGAGAUAUUGACGAGGUGAAUGCGCUGAAGCUGCAGGUGGAUCAGUGGAAUAUUCCCGAAAACCUUGGGGACCCCAAUGUCCCGGCGUCUCUGCUGAAGCUGUGGUACAGGGAGCUGGAGGAGCCAGUCAUCCCUCAGAGCUUCUAUCAGCAGUGCAUCAGUAACUAUGAGGAUCCUGAAGCAGCUAUCAGAGUGGUACAGUCUCUGCCUGAACUCAGCAGACUGGUGCUCUGCUACUUUAUACACUUCUUACAGGUGUUUGCCCAGCCCGUCAAUGUGAGUAAGACCAAGAUGGACGUGAAUAACCUGGCCAUGGUAAUGGCUCCCAACUGUCUCCGCUGCCAGUCAGAUGACCCACGCAUCAUCUUUGAGAACACGAGGAAGGAGAUGUCCUUCUUACGCAUGCUCAUUGUUCACCUGGACACCAGCUUCAUCAAGGGCCUCCUCUGAGGUAGCCAACUCUAUCCCUCUUUAUCAAGGGCCUCCUCUGAGGGAGCCAACUCUAUCCCUCUUUAUCAAGGGCCUCCUCUGAGGGAGCCAACUCUAUCCCUCUUUAUCAAGGACCUCCUCUGAGGGAGCCAACUCUAUCCCUCUUUAUCAAGGGCCUCCUCUGAGGUAGCCAACUCUAUCCCUCUUUAUCAAGGACCUCCUCUGAGGGAGCCAACUCUAUCCCUCUUUAUCAAGGACCUCCUCUGAGGGAGCCAACUCUAUCCCUCUUUAUCAAGGGCCUCCUCUGAGGGAGCCAACUCUAUCCCUCUUUAUCAAGGGUAUCCUCUGAGGGAGCCAACUCUAUCCCUCUUUAUCAAGGGCAUCCUCUGAGGGAGCCAACUCUAUCCCUCUUUAUCAAGGGCAUCCUCUGAGGGAGCCAACUCUAUCCCUCUUUAUCAAGGGCCUCCUCUGAGGGAGCCAACUCUAUCCCUCUUUAUCAAGGGCCUCCUCUGAGGGAGCCAACUCUAUCCCUCUUUAUCAAGGGCCUCCUCUGAGGGAGCCAACUCUAUCCCUCUUUAUCAAGGGCCUCCUCUGAGGGAGCCAACUCUAUCCCUCUUUAUCAAGGGCCUCCUCUGAGGGAGCCAACUCUAUCCCUCUUUAUCAAGGGCCUCCUCUGAGGGAGCCAACUCUAUCCCUCUUUAUCAAGGACCUCCUCUGAGGGAGCCAACUCUUUAUCUGUCACCAUGCCCUGGAGAGCUGUACUUGUUCAUCAGCCCUCAACUAUAGCUGCUCUGUCUUUCUAUCACACAACUCUACAACUGUCUACCACCUUAUUCACAACAAGCCCUCUGUUCCUUCACACUUCUCAUCAACCAUAUCACACCUCAACCCUAGAUUCCCUCUGGUUCACGAACACCACAGCCGGAGGAACACAGACAGUGGACUGCACAGACAGUGGACUGCACAGACAGUGGACUGCACAGACAGUGGACUGCACAGACAGUGGACUACACAGACAGUGGACUGCACAGACAGUGGACUGCACAGACAGUGGACUACACAGACAGUGGACUACACAGAUAGUGGACUGCACAGACAGUGGACUGCACAGACAGUGGACUGCACAGACAGUGGACUGCACAGACAGUGGACUGCACAGACAGUGGACUGCACAGACAGUGGACUGCACAGACAGUGGACUGCACAGACAGUGGACUGCACAGACAGUGGACUGCACAGACAGUGGACUGCACAGACAGUGGAGUGCACAGACAGUGGACAGCACAGACAGUGGACAGCACAGACAGUGGACUACACAGACAGUGGACUGCACAGACAGUGGAGUGCACAGACAGUGGACAGCACAGACAGUGGACUGCACAGACAGUGGACAGCACAGACAGUGGACUGCACAGACAGUGGACUGCACAGACAGUGGACUGCACAGACAGUGGACUGCACAGACAGUGGAGUGCACAGACAGUGGACAGCACAGACAGUGACCGGGUAUCUAGAUGGUUUUUCGUGCUCCGAAUCAUCUUCCCUUAUUGUUUGAGACUUUGGGACAAGCUCACAUGUGAUGGUAGUGGGAGACUGUUUAUCCGUUGGAAAGCAGGACAUACAGUACACAGUGUUCUUGGGCUCGUGUUAAUGACUGGAGCAGAAUCAGUGGAAUGGUCUCAAACACACGGUUUCCAUGGUUUCCAGGUCUUUGAUGCCUUUCCAUUUGCUCCGUUCCAGCCAUUUAUUAUGAGCCGUCCUCCCCUCAACAGCCUCCUGUGCUACUGUUUCUGCUCCAAACACUGGACCGUGCUGGCGUGAGAUUCAGCAUGUGAAGAAGAGCAAUCGCAAUACGAGACUAUUAUGCACAAGAAGCAUGUGUGCAGGGAAAAGUCCAGAGACAAAUGUGUAAAUAUGAUGUUGUUAUUGUGGGGGGGAUUAGUUCCUGCUUUGAGUGCCACAUAUGUAUCUGACUGCCAUGGUAGUGAAUGAUGAUGUCUCAUCACGUUUAGACAGAACCCACUACAGACAGAAUCUGUAUUAUUCCGUUCUCUUCUCCUUUAUUAUGUAACAAGCAACGAUUUCCUUCGCAUUUCAUUUGGAACGCUUUUUUGACUCAUUUGAAUAUGAAUUCUGUCUGUGUUGCCAGAGCUGCAGGAUGAGUUGAUAGUAAGGUUUAGACUUCUCCACUGGCCACAGAGACAGAUUCCCCCUCUGGGCAACAAGACAAAUAUAGAUAUUUAUUUCUAAACAGUUUCUCUUAAAAUAAAAAUGAUAACCCAUCAGUUGGGCAGAGAUGUGUGUACAUAUGUGAGAGACAGAGUCUCGGAUUAAAAUGAGGAAAACACAUUUCUAUUCUCCUCAGCGGUGGAGUUGGGGGGCUAGGGAAAAUCUGUGGAGCACUUUCUGCUGUUUUACUCCAGACAAUUACAUUUGGCUUAUUUUUGGAGAGGGCCAAAAAUAUUUUUAUCCUCCCUUCAGUGGAACACAAUUAUACCUUUGAUGGAGCUUGUAAAAAUGCUAAUUUUAGCUAUUAGCAGGUCAGGGGUAAAGGAUGCAGGAGAAAAUGAGAGCGCUGCUGCCUGGACCUAAAGUCUUAGCCACGCAGACAGUGGUGGAUUUACAGUGCAAGCCAAAGGGAGAGGCAAUCUGGCAGUGGUUUUAGGGUCUGGGGGUACAUUAGUUUAGUGCCAUAUACUGGGAGGACAAAAAAACAAGCCGAUUUAGUAUUUUUAGACAAUAUUGCCUAACAAGGACUUUCCUAUUCCUCAAAAUCGUAUGCCACAUAAGGAGAAGAGGGUUUAAAAUCCAUAUUUCAGCUGUCUUAAGGGCCAUGCGGUUUCCGUUAUAUUUAGCAGUGUGGUCAGGGUUUAGGUUUUAAUGCCCCACAUGUUUUCUCUGUGUCUACCUCAUCUUAGUGAUGGGGUCUGUGCUGCGAGGCUUGUGUGUAUGUAUACGCACGUGUACGUAAGUACUUGCACAUCAGUGUGUGUGUGUGUGUUUGCCGACUAUGCGUGUGUGUCAACUGUAAAUGUGUGUGUUUGUGUGGUAGGAGUCUGUUCAUAUAGCAUAUACUCCGUAGUUACUGGAAGCUGGAGCCCCUAAAUUAGAGGGUGUGUUUAGCCAGAAAAUUGCAUCUAGAGGUUAUAUGGUUGUUAACCCCUUUUCUGCACGCACAGCAUUUACAGCAGCCGCUCCUUCGUUUCCUACAUUAAUGCUUUACUGUUCGUCUUACGAAAACACAAGCCACCAGAGUUGGGUACUCCAUAGCCACAUCAGAGGACACUACCCAGCUUCCUCCUCACCUCUAGCCAGCAGCGGCAGCUCUGAGGUGGGGUGGAGGAUGGCUAUGCAGUGCCAGUAGUUCUGGGAGUGCAUGAGAGAUAUAUACUGAGCCUGCAGAACGAGGAGGGAGAAUUCAGGGGCCAGCAGUCACUGGUCUAUUGCUAAAGUUCUUGUCAUUGUAUCACAAUGUGAUAGUGUUCUUCUAGAAUCCUGAAGCUCUGGUUUAUCUCUUCUCCAUCCUGUGUUCUUCAGUGGCUGAUGAUUCAUAUAUAUAUAUAUAUAUAUAUAUAUAUAUAUAUAUACAGUGUUAUAUAUGAAUAGUAGCAUGGUCUUUGGUCACUGAAUGUUCAAAACAAUGACGGUUAUAAUAACAUGAUUCCACAAUAUUGUGAAAAAGAGUUCCAUUCUUCAGUAAUGUCAUUAUUCUCUUAGUUUGACAUCAAUGCUUACGAUGCGAGUCAGCGGUGUAAUUUCUUGAUUUGAUCAAAUCAAUUUUGACUCUUAUUUUUUUCCUAACUGGAAUGAGUGUUGAUAAUGUUUGUUGAGAUGAUAAACUGAAGUGUGUCAUGUUUAGACUGUGUUUGAUGACAGUUAGAACAUGUGUGUGCCCCCCGUCCAUUGUGCUUCCUCUUCCCUGGCCCUCACAUGAUGGGUGCUAUUGACUCGUUGUAAAUAUGCUUGCAGGUCUGUUGGGUAUGUUGGUGUGUGUGUGUGUGUGAUCGAAAACAAGAAAAACAGCAACGGUGAUUGUGUGGAUGGAUUUAUUUCAUAAAUAAUUGAAAAAAUAAAAAAGUUUGUAAACAAAA